UCCUUUGCGCCCCUCAGAUAGUUGCCAGUCAUUGUGUGUGUGCGGCGGCGCUGGCGGGCCUGGUGUCUGAGGCGCUUCACAACCUCUUUAUUAGAUAAAUUAAAGGUUUUUACGGUGUUUCAGAGCCAUUAUGAAAGAAACGGCGAAGAAACGCGAGAAGGUGAAGGAGAGCAAAGCGGAGAAGCAGAAGGAGAGCCAGCAGCAGCAGGGCCCCGACACUCAGGAUGUGGAGAUGCCGGAGGAGGAGAGCUCUGUGGCGGCCAAGCCGGCUAAAGAGCAGGACUCCAUCACUCUGGAAGAUAUUAAGGAGCACGUGAAGCAGAUCGAGAAGGCUGUGUCCGGUAAGGAGCCACGCUUCGUCCUGAGAGCGCUGCGUGCUCUUCCCUCCACCAGCCGCCGGCUCAACCCCAACGUCCUCCACAAAGCCAUCUCUGGCUUUUACACCUCCAACGCUGCAGGGAAGGAGUUCCUGCUGAGCUUCCUCGAGGAGCCCAUGGACACAGAGGGAGAUGUUCAGUUCAGGCCUCGUACCGGUAAAGCAGCAGCUGCUCCUCUCAUCCCUGAAGUGGAGGCGUAUCUCCAACUGCUGCUGCUCGUCUACCUCAUCAACAACAAACGCUACACUGAGGCUCAGAAGGUGUCUGAUGACCUCUUGCAGAAGAUCGGCUCUCAGAACCGCAGGGCCUUGGACCUGGUGGCAGCAAAGUGUUAUUAUUAUCACUGCCGAGUGUAUGAGUUCCUCAACCAGAUGGACACAGUGCGCAGCUUUCUGCACACGCGCUUGAGGACGGCGACGUUACGCCACGACUCGGACGGUCAGGCCACGCUGCUGAACCUGCUGCUGAGGAACUACCUGCACUACAACCUGUACGACCAGGCCGAGAAACUCGUCUCCAAAUCCAUCUUUCCUGAACUCGCCAACAACAACGAGUGGGCUCGCUACCUCUACUACACCGGACGGAUCAAGGCCAUCCAGCUGGAGUACUCUGAAGCCCGGAGAACUCUGACUAACGCACUGCGUAAAGCACCACAGCACACUGCUGUCGGCUUCAAACAGACCGUCCAUAAGUUGUUGAUAGUGGUGGAGUUGUUGCUUGGAGAGAUUCCUGACAGACUGCAGUUCCGCCAGCCGUCUCUCAAACGCUCUCUCAUGCCCUACUUCCUCCUCACUCAGGCGGUGAGGACUGGGAACUUGGCGAAGUUUAAUCAGGUCCUGGAUCAGUUUGGAGAGAAGUUUCAGGCUGACGGCACGUACACACUCAUCAUCCGCCUGAGACACAACGUGAUUAAAACUGGUGUGAGGAUGAUCAGCUUGUCGUAUUCGCGGAUCUCUCUGACUGAUAUUGCUCAGAAACUGCAGCUGGACAGUCCUGAGGACGCAGAGUUCAUUGUGGCAAAGGCGAUCCGUGACGGUGUGAUCGAGGCGAGUAUAAACCAUGAGAAGGGUUACGUCCAGUCUAAAGAGACAAUGGACAUCUACGGCACUCGGGAGCCUCAGCUCGCCUUCCACCAGCGAAUCUCCUUCUGCCUGGACAUCCACAACAUGUCCGUCAAGGCCAUGAGAUUCCCACCCAAGGCCUACAACAAGGACCUGGAGUCUGCAGAGGAACGCAGGGAGCGGGAGCAGCAGGAUCUGGAGUUUGCUAAAGAAAUGGCUGAGGAUGAUGAUGACAGCUUCCCAUAAAUUUAAAACUGAGACCUGUUGGUUUUUGGGGUUUUUUUUUUUUUUUCCUUCGUUAUCUUUUUUUUUUUUUUUAAGUCUAUUUGCAUUCUUUUUGCUGUGUAGUAAGAGCUCGGUCCUGUAGCAUACCGCUGUUCAGCCUGGAUUAAAAAAAAAAAAAAAGUCUGAUACACAUCCACAGUAUUUAUGAUUAAAUCAGACACUUAUUCAGUGUGAGCUCUAACCACCUGAAUCUCUCUCUCUCUCGCACACACGGUUAAUAUUUGUAUUUUUGGCCCAGUCAUGAGUUGGUUUAUUAGUGAGCUUUAAUCAGUAGUCAGUUUAUCACAGCAGCAGCGAGACUGAAACAGAAUGUGGCGUUAACUGUACGCAACACAGACGUCUGGUAGAGAUGAUGAAAUGGUAAUGAUCGGUCGAGUAAAUAAUGUGUGUCUCUGAUUUUAAAACCUAAAGAGCCGUUUCAGUGCAGCCCGAGUGUGGAUUCGAUGGAAAAAUCACCCAGAACAGAAACCUAGCUCAAGAUCUUACAUCGUUAUAUAAACAGCCUCGCUAGCACCUUCAUCAUAACGAUGAUUUAACAUCAGCGUGAAAUAUCCAUAGCACCGUUUACCUAAUUAAAUAUCCACAAGCUAAUCAUAUUUAUUAAUUUAUUGUUGGUAUUAUUUUUCCAGAGCUGUUAGUGCACUUCAUUUAGACCAAACUUAAAUACUCGAUUUGUUCAGGAUUAUUUCAUAAUAAAGAAAAAAAUUUAUGUUCUAUAAACGAUUCUAAAAUCAAUGACCUUGUACCCAUUCGUUAGUGAGUAGAUGGUGAAUGAAUCCCUGAAUUGUUGUAUGAUAAACAGUGAGUCAUCUGCACUUCUAAUAUUUACUACUAACUAAUGUUUCAUAAAGUUACCCAAUAUUAACUAUUAAUCCAGACCCCGUGGUGUAAAGAGUUCACCAUGAAACCUUGUCUAAAAAUGAUAAAAGUGCCAUUUAAUUUUGUAAUCUCUAAUAAAUCCCUGUAUUUGUUCUGGUCUCGGUUAAUAAUCAGGCAGACCUGGAGUUAACAGAUUAGACGUCCUGCUCACUGACCGCCAACAUUCCUGAACACGUUAAAUAAAUCACACUUCUACCCCAGUUCACCCUGAUAACGUGCUGAAUUCCCAUCCCGGUGUUCUGUGCAACACGGAUCACUUUUCUGCGGAAUGAAACGGACUUUCACGUGCUGGUGCGAGUGAUGAUGCACUGUAUAAAUAAAGUUUUCUAUGAAAAGCA